AUGGCUCCUAUUCCGAAAACUCCACGAACGCCCAGAACUCCGACUAAAUCUAUGAGAACGCCCAAGUCGACCUUGAGGACGCCGAGAUCUUUGAAGGCGCCGAGGACUUUAAAGACGCCCAGGAGAUUGAAAGCGCCGCUGGGAAGGUCCUCAAGGACUCCUCGUGCCAACGCCAAACCCCUGACGAUUGGCGACAUGGUCUUUGAGGCUGUAGAGGCUCUGAAUGAUCGGAGGGGCGUCUCGCUACACGCAAUUAAGAAAUAUCUACGGGACAACAAGAAGGUCGACACCGAGGCGAAAGCAUUCUUCAUCAAGAAGUAUCUCAAAGCUUUCGUGGAGGAAGGAAAACUGGUUCAAGUUGCAGGCACAGGGCGCCAACGGAACUUUCAAACUGCCUGGCAAGAAAGCAAGUUCGGAAAAGCUGUCUGGAGGCUCCAAGGCCGUCGUGAAAGUGGCGAGCAGACCGAAAAUUGGCAAAAUAGCAGGAAGGGUAGUGCAGCCUUCCUCUAA